UUUCCACUCGAUCAACUCGGUAAUUUUGGUGGUGAGUUUCAUACUGUAUGGGAAAAGAACAAGAGUGUGAAUGUGGAUGGCGAGUUGGUCGUUUUGCUUUUCCUGAAUGCCAAAUUUUGUUGGAGGAAGAGCGGGCAGAUUCGAGAUUAUGUGGAGCAGUUGCAAAAUUUGUCCAAGACGGUGUCGGAUCAGUAUGGUAGUCCCGUUGAUGACG